GCAAAUCAAAUGAUGUCUCUUCACAAAACAUUGAAGAUACAUAGUGCGCUCUGAGAUGUACAUGUAAGAUUUGUUUUGAAUUUUCUGAAGCUUCAAACACACACUUAAAAAGGGAGGACAUGUGUUCGGUAUUAAAAAAAAUGUCUAGGUUGUAGAGGUUUUACUGGGUAAAUGUAGGUGGAAUAAGGAAUGACUGUAAUGCAUGCACUACAAAAGAUGGGUUCUUACGACUGUCCAACAUGGACAGUUGCACCAGCAAAUAAGUUGUCCGACUCAGUUUUCUCUCCAGUAGAAUCAACCUGUUAUGCAGAAGUGACACCCUGUGAAUUUUUUUCAUUGAAUCCUAUGAUGGUGGUUACAAUUAGAUAUACUCCCUCCGUGCACUUUUAUAAGACGUUUCAGCCAGCUAACAUGAACUGUUUUGGGUGAUGUCUGAAUUGGCUACAACAUCUUAUAAAUGAACUGAGCGACUACCUUUUCCCUGUCUUGGUAAAGGUGCCAGGAAAGUUCUUCUGUAUGAAAUGUAACUUUCUCACUGGUUAAUUUCUAUUCUAGGUGGCAUGCAUAAUCAUGAUUUUCUGUGCAAACUUGUUUCACCACAACCCCCACAAAAGUAGUUGUACUUUACUACAUAUGUCUACAGGUGGCAUCAAGCUUCUGUAUUAAAUCUAUUUUUCAUAUCCCAGUUUUUCUUCUUCUCAUGAACAAGUUAUUUACAAACGGGGUCCUUUUUCAUUAUUUAAUUUUCUAAUAUAAUUGAGUCCAUCUCCACACAAGUAUUAAGAUUUCAUUUCUCCCCUGUGUCAAUGAAAGGAAGUAGCUCCCUUCCCUUCUACACUUGUUGUGAUGCCUCUCGAUGAGGUAUUCCUGCUGCUGGUUUCCUCUUUCAAAUUCUCUUUCAGUCUUUUAAUUCCUUUGCUGUUUCUUUGGCAGAUGAACACUCCUAUAUCUGCAUUCAAAGGAAAAGGACAGGCUAUUGUGCCUAAAACUCCUAGCAAAUCACCGUGCCCAAAAAGUGCUCACCGCAAACUCUGUCUUGGACCCUCUAAAUCUAAGGACACUGAACUUUCUGCCUCUACUACCAAGGUGGCUAGCCAAACUGAAGAGGUUGCCGCUGCCGGAAAUGUUGUUCAGCCUGCACCCAUGCCAGAUGUUGGACAGGAAACUGAAGGUGCAGUUGCUGAGGAUCCAAAGAACACCCUUCCUGACCCCUCUAAGCCCAAGAGAACAAACAAUACCGGCAAGGGGGCUGGCAUACCAAAGAAAGCGAAGCAGUAGUUCUUCCAUGGCGUAAUCUAGAUAUGUACAUACGGUACGACUAACACAUCUUCGAUUUAACCAUGCCCCUUCUCCGAUUUGGGUUGGAGUACUCUGAGCAAGAAAUGUAUAGACUUUAGUCCUUCCUUGCUGCCUCUAUGGUGAAAAGUAGUCUAUGAUGUAGUCUAUGAUCUUUAGAUUUUGUUGUUGUCUCUAUGGUCAAAAGCGGUUUAUCAUCGCUUAUUGUACAUAUGUGAAGGACUCCUCUUCUACUUUUGUUUCAAGAACACUAUGACUCAAGAAACAACCUUUCCUUUUAUGCA